AUGAAAACGGAGUCAAUCAAGAUUGAUAAACCGAUUUAUCAAGUACUACUCCAAAACGAACCUAUUUUAGAACACAUUGAAGAAAAACUUGGAUUACCACGAGGAUCACUCAAAUUUGAAAAGAAACAAUUUAUAACAUGUAAAAGCAAUCCCGAAAAACUUAAACUUGUUGGUCCUCAUCUUAAAAAUGAAUUUAAAAAUUACGUUUAUUUAACUUCUAAAGUUGAAUGUAUUGGUGAUGCAAAUAUUCAACAAUUAGUUACUCAUUAUUUAGCAAUUCAAUUUAGACAUCCAUCAACAAAUGACUUACACUUUUGUUUAGUAAAUGAAAAUAAUAAUCAAAGCGAAUUUGUUAUAUACGGCAAAAAACAACAUUCAAUUGACAUUAUAAAACCAAUGAUUAAUAAAGAGACUAUUAAUGGAUUUGAAGAAUACACAGACCUUCUUAAUAUGCCUUCACUCGUUAAAAAAAAUUAUUUUGAAAUAUUUAAUAUGAUUGACCAAUUACAUUUAACUACAUCUCCUAAUGAUUUUAAAGAUGAUGAACCCCCAAUUGUUUAUGGGUUUAGACCAUAUAUGAAAGAAUUUAUUAGAAAGAUAGAUCAAAUGGAAAGUCAAAUGUUUACAAUUAUUAAAAUAAAAACAAAUAAACCAAUUGAUAUUAUUAAUAAAGCUUUCUUUGAUGAGAAGUUUCAUCUUAUGAUUACAAAUGUUCUUAGAACACCUCCUGGAUAUCAUUGUAUUUUUUCUCAAUCUGGAAAAUUAUUUAUUUGUGAAUUACAUGUAGAAAAAGAAUUCGCUUCAAAUUUAGUUAUCCUUUUAACUGGAUUUUUUGAUUCAAUAGAAACAUUAAUUCUAAAAGACAAUAUGAGUGAUGAUGAUAUGACAAAAUACUCACAAUAUUUUAAAGAUUAUCCCGCCCCUUUUAAUGCAUUAAUCACUAGAAAAAAAGAUAAAAAAAGUGGACAAUCUCAGUUAAUUAGUUGUGUUGCAACUAAUAGAGAUAUUAAUCCCGAAAUUAAUGAUAACUGGCAGAAUCAACUUAUUAACUAUAUUAAAGCAGUUGACUUACCUCCAGAACUAGCUCCAUUACCUCCACUUCCACCUAAAGUUCAUGGUAAAAGAAAAAAGGCAUUACCACCAAUUCCUACUGACACCACUCCUCAAGAACAAUCAACUCAAUCUUCUACUGAAGAGCUUAUUCCUCCUCCUGUUCCUGCUCCAAGAAAAAGUAAGCAACCAAGAUUAUCUGCAAGUUUAACUAAUGAAGAUAUUCCUGACCGUUCAAAUAGAGAUAGGUCAAUGACUGUAUUUGGAGAUCAACCUACCCACAUUAUAGAAGAGGAAGCUUAUUAUGAAGACGCGUAUUAUGGAGAAUCGUAUUAUGGAGAAGAUGGAUAUUAUUAUGUGUAUGACCAUAACACUAAAAGAUAUCACGUAGAAGAUCCUCCUGCAGACGAUUAUACUGGAGAAAAUCAACAAUAUGAAGAAAUUAACCAAGAUGUCCAGAGAGAUGAAGCAAUCCAAGAAGAGCAACAAAAUGAACAACAAGAUAGUUCAGUUAUAACUGAAACAAAACAACCAGACUUGAUAAUAGAAGAUAUUCAUGAAAAACCAACUUACGAAGAAACUCCUUCACAAAACUUAGCAACUGAAGAAAAUAUUGAAACAGAAAAACAACCAAAAGAAGAAGUUUACUUAGAGACACAAAAAGAAGCAGAAGGUAAUACAGAAAACCUUCAAGAAGUAACUGAACAAGAGCCUCAAGAAAUAAUAAAAGAAGAGGUUAUUUCAAACCCAGUUACAGAAGAGUUACCUCAAGAAAAUAUUAUCGAAGAACAAACUCAAAGCAUCAAAGAAGAACAAGUCCAAGAAGAAGUUGAUGAAAAUUAUGCAGAACCCAUUAAAGAAGAAACAAAAGAAAGCACUUCAGAAGAACCAAUUCAAGAAAAAGUUAAAGAAGAAGUGGUUCAAGAGAUAGUUAAAGAAGAACCAGUUAAAGAGAAUAUAGAAGAAGAACAAAUAAAAGAAGAACAAAUAAAAGAAGAACAAAUAAAAGAAGAAUCAGUUAAAGAAGAAUCAGUUAAAGAAGAAUCAGUUAAAGAAGAAUCAGUUAAAGAAGAAUCAGUUAAAGAAGAAUCAGUUAAAGAAGAAUCAGUUAAAGAAGAAUCAGUUAAAGAAGAAUCAGUUAAAGAAGAACCAGUUAAAGAAGAACCAGUUAAAGAAGAACAAAUAAAAGAGAGUAUAGAAGAAGAUGAAUUUGCAGUAUCAACUAUUGAUGAGGCUGUUGUAUCACAACCAUCAAAAACUAUUGAUGAUUUAUGUGAAGAAGCUUCAGUUCAACCAAGUGUAGCAAGAAGACCAGGAAGAGGACGUGGAGGAAGAAAGCCACCAACAAAGAAAUUAAUUGAACGUCAAAAGAAAAUGAGAACUGAAACAAAUGAAAAAGAUGAAAAGAACAAUACUUUUAAAAUGGAAAAGGUUGAUUCCAAAGAAAGUAAUUCAAAUAAUAUUAUUCAACCAAGAAAAACAGUAGGUGUUGGUAUUGGAGGAAUGGGAAUGCCACAAGUUACUUUAGCUGACUUACAGAAAAGAAAACAAGCCAAACCAUCUCUUGAACAAAAAUCAUCUCCUAAACAACCAACAACAAAAAAGAAAGAAGAAGAAAAAGAAAGUAAGAGUGGACUAUUUGGAAUGUUAAAAGAUAAAAAAAAGAAAGAAGAAAAGAAAGAAGAAAAGAAAGAAGAAAAGAAAGGAUUAUUCUCUUCACAUAAAGACAAAAAAGAUGAACUUAGUUCUUCAACAAAACAAAAGAUAGAACAAAAAGAAGAAGUUCCACCACCUGUCCCUUCUAAAAAAUAUAAUUCUAAAUCACCAGUCCCACCAGCUACUAGUCCUUCUUUACCUGCUAAACCAUUACGUUCAAGUAGUGGAGCAAAAACAACUGAAAAACCAAAAGAAAAUUUAUCAGAUUCAAGUCAUAGUAAUACUUUACCUUUCCAAGUUAAAUUAAGAAGUAGUGCAGGUUCUAAAACUUCUGUAAAACCUGAAGUUCAAAAUGAUCAACAACCUAAUGGCUCUCCAUUUGCAGUUAAACUAAGGUCUACUGGUAGUAAAUCUAAUAGUAUUACAGAACCUCCACCACAAGAAGAAGAGUCUGAAUUACAAAAGAAAUUAAAGUCAAGGAGGGCGAAUUGA